AUGACGUGCCAAAGCCAUAGCAAUUGUUGAUUUCCCGGCAAAAGGAGCUCCAAUAAUAAGAAUUCGAAGAGGCUGCUUAAUAUUUUUUGCUUCGAGGUAUUCUUUGGCCAAUCUAUCAAUAUUUGCUAUUAUUCCAUCUUCACAUUGCCAUGGAAUUUGAAGAUCUUCGUCAAGUGUUGGCGUAUUGAUGACAAUGUCCAUCAUAAGUUGGUCAACUUGAACUUUAGAAACAUCUCUGAGACGCAACAGAUCAAAUUCGUUAAGAUUGCGAACCUCCCCAGUGCUGAAUUUCCUAGAAAUUGAUUCAAUUAUUGAUCCCAAUGACGUUUCACUGCGGUCCUUGGCCACCACAUACCGUGAUCUUGGGUGAUUUUCAAACACUGCUUGCACAAUUCUUGGGAGGUCAGAUCGACCAUUGGCUAG